AUGGAGAAAACCAGUAGUGGCGGAUCCGAGGGAUCUUCUUCCAAUCCCGACAACCCACAACAGCCAGAUCAAAGCAGCCCUCAAGACGGCGGUGGCGAUACUUCUUCUCCCCAUGCGGAUUCAUCGCCGUUGCAAAGGCCACCCAUGGCUCCACCCGUAAUGGGCCGUACAGGACACUCUGCCUUCCGUGCCUAUAGGGCACAAGCCCCACAAGACCCUGAUCAAAGCAGCCCUCAACGUGGCAGCGGCAGUUAUAUUUCUUCUCCGAUGCAAAGGCCACCCAUGGCUCCACUUCCACUUCCACUUCCACAUGUAAUGGGCCGUCCGGGACACUCUGCCUUCAGGUCCUAUAGGCCACAAAGCCAACCUGGGGGUGGGGGAUCGUCAGGCGGUGCAGCAGGUGCUAGUGGAAAUGUAAGUGGCAGUGGGUUAUUUGGGGUGCAGGCAAUUCCUGUGGGUGGAAGUGGUGGUGGCGGCGGCUAUGCAGCCGGUGGGGUGAGGAUUGGAAACCCCAUGAUCAGGAAAAGAGUAAGGGAAGGAAAUCAAGGUGGGCGGGGAGAUGGCGGAAAUCCCUUUCAGUGCAGUGUUUGUGGUAAACAAUUCCAAUCGGCUAAGGCUCUCUUCGGUCACAUGAGACAGCAUCCCGAUCGAGGGUGGAAAGGUGCCUUUCCACCGCCAACGUUUAGGGCUGAAGAGGAGUUCGCCGACUUCCCCGGCCAUCUGAAUCCAGGCCGUGCAGCUGCUGACGUAGAGCAAGAAGCACAGGCCGGGGAAGAGGCGAUGGAGGUUCAAGAAGGCCGAGAAGAGGAGGGUGAUGGCGCAACGGGACUGCAAAAGUACAAACUUCCUGAUUUGAAUUAUGAACCACCACAAGACGACGAUGACGCUGCUGCUUAG